GAUGAUCGUGCAUAUUUGGAUCAAGUCUCAAAAUCGGAGUCAGUCUGACUGCUACUCGGAAAUUUCCUAUUAAAAGAAUCUUGACCAUCUUUUUUUAAAACCAGCAUUUAAACCCCGCUAUAUUUUUAUUGUCUUCCGGUAGUUUUGUUUUUUUCUCUCGAUGCAAACGUAAUAAGCUACGAUACUGCUCACUGCCGGGUACGGUAGCGCCUCCUCUCCACCUCCCGAGCUAUUGGUGUUAUCGACAUGAGACAUUUUUCUGGAUUUGUGAGUUGAUAGCAUGCGCCUGUUAAGGCUCUCGGUGCUGCAGUUUGUGACAGAUAUGUUCUCUUGACCUAAAGUUCACAUCUUGACGAAGGCUUCCCUGCGAGUUGCUCACCUCACAUGACAAUGGCUUCCAAUAUAAUUGUGGAGCAGCAGUUUUCUCACAAAUUCACAGUGACUGUAGUUCGAGCUCAGAACGUCACCAAGGGAGCGCUGGGCGACCUGCUGGACACUCCAGACCCAUAUGUGGAGCUUUUCAUCCCGACGGCCCCUGAAAGCAGAAAGAGGACCAAGCACAUAGACAACGACAUCAACCCAAAAUGGAACGAGACCUUUCAUUUCAUUUUAGACCCCAACCAGCACAACGUUCUGGAGUUAACAUUAAUGGAUGCCAACUACGUGAUGGAUGAGACGCUUGGGACAGCAUCCUUCGAAAUCUCCAAACUCAAAGUGGGCCAGACAAAGAUGGAGGUGUUCCUCAUUGGCAAAGCAACCAAAGUGCACUUAGAGAUGUCACUGGAGAUCUGUACAAACCUGGACCUGCGGUUCAGCCACACCCUUUGUGACAAGGAGAAGCAAUUUAGAGAAGCCCGUCGAGAAAAGGUGAUGCUCGGCAUCAAGAAGCUGCUAUGCACUGAGGAUCCUUGUCACCCAGAAGAGGUGCCAGUGGUAGCAAUAGCCGGGUCAGGAGGCGGUUUCCGCGCCAUGGUCGGUUUUUCGGGUGUUAUGAAGGCCCUGUUUGAGUCCGGGGUCCUCGACUGUGCCACAUAUAUUGCUGGCCUCUCUGGAUCCACAUGGUACAUGUCAACUCUCUACGCCAACCCUGACUUUCCAAAUAAGGGCCCGAAGGACAUCAACAAUGAGUUGAUGAAGAGAGUUAGCAGUAACCCACUUCGGCUGUUGAUGCCCAAGCACAUCACCCACUAUAUCCAGGCCCUGUGGACCAAAAAGGCCUCAGGACAGCCGGUUACUUUUGCAGAUAUCUUUGGUAUGCUCAUAGGAGAGACACUUAUACCCUCGAGAAUGGGCAUCAAGCUAAGCGACAUCCAGGAGAAAAUAAACCAAGCCCAGUGUCCGCUUCCUCUUUUCACAUGUCUGCAUGUGAAGCCGGAUGUUUCUGAGCUCAUGUUUGCAGACUGGGUGGAGUUUAGCCCGUAUGAAAUCGGGAUGGCAAAGUACGGCACCUUCAUGACCCCUGACCUAUUUGGAAGCAAGUUCUUCAUGGGAACUGUUGUGAAGAAGUACGAGGAAAACCCUCUUCAUUUUCUGAUGGGUGUGUGGGGAAGUGCCUUCUCAAUUCUGUUCAACAGAGUGCUGGGGGUCAAGGACACAGCUGGUGGCAGCACCAUGGAGGAGGAGUUAGAGCAGAUCAAACCACAGCACAUCGUUGGAGAAGACACCCUGGACGACGACGAGCCACGCAAAGGUGGGACAGAAAACCAGGAGGCAGAUGAGGAGUUUCAUCGAACCGCUCAGGCCAGCUGGGUUCAACGUAUGUUCACGUCAGUCUUCGGCGACUCUGCUUUGUUCAACACAAGGGAGGGCCGUGCUGGAAAGGUGCAUAACUUCAUGCUGGGCCUGAACCUGAACACCAGCAUCCCAUACUCUCCAUUACUUGAGAUAACACAUGCUAUGACACCUGAAGAGGAGGUGGAUGCUGUAACAGAUCCCGAUGAGUUUGAUCGAAUCUACGAGCCUCUGGAUGUGAAGAGCAAGAAGAUCCACGUAGUGGACAGCGGCCUGACCUACAACCUUCCCUACCCCCUUAUCCUGCGCCCGCAGCGCGGCGUCGACCUCAUCAUCUCCUUUGACUUUUCGGCACGACCGAGUGACUCAAGCCCUCCGUUCAAGGAGCUUCUCCUCGCUGAGAAAUGGGCUAGAAUGAACAAGCUGCCAUUCCCCAAGAUCGACCCCAAAGUCUUUGACCGUGAAGGUCUGAAGGAAUGCUACGUCUUCAAACCAAAGAGAGGUGAAAAGAACUGCCCGACGGUCAUCCACUUUGUCCUCGUCAACAUCAACUUCAGGAAAUUCAAAGCGCCUGGCGUUCCCAGGGAGACCGAGAAGGAGAAGGAGCUGGCCGAUUUUGACAUUUUUGACGACCCUGAGACACCAUACUCCACCUUCAACUUCCAAUACUCCAACGAAGCCUUUAUCCAGCUUCAUGACCUGAUGGAGUUCAACACUCUCAACAACCUGGAGGUUAUUAAAGAAGCCAUCAAGGACUGCAUCACGUCUCAGAAGGAGAAUCCCUCGAGCGUCUCUCGUCCUUUUGCCCUCAGUGAGAUCCCAAAAAAGAAGAGUCUCAAACGAGAUCAUCAAGGAAAGCCCGUGAAUCACCUUGGGAAUAAUAGCCAGUAGCUUCAGUCUAAGACUUCAGGGCUUUUGGGGGAUUAUGUUUUCACCUUAGAACGAAGCAUUUUCUUUUUGGAAAAUGCUCUCAUGCUGAUCUUUUCUUUGUGUAAUAGAAGUGGUUUUGUUUUGCUCUGGGUUUGACAUGUUUCUGAUAAAGGGCUACUGCAAAGAAGCUGGACGUUACAUGAUAUGUGCACUAUAGUGACUGCUGACCACAAACAGCUGAUAGGUGCUUUCCCUGCAGGCUGUGAGAGAUAGACUAGAAAGUGAAAACAGAACACCAAACAGGGCAAUGUCAAUGAAUUGGUUCCAUAUCCACUGAGCAGCCCAAACUACAAUUUUCUUUAUUUUGUCUGUUUUAAACCCACAUGCUCAUUCACUUCACUUCACUUAAAUUUUCUUGACCGGUUGCAACAUUCCCAAAUGUCGGUGGACCAUUGCGGCUUCCCGCUGAGGCGAGCAGGCUGCGUUUGGAUCUCACAGCCGUGUGUGAGCGCACAGCUGUGCGGUUUCUAAAUACUGAGCUGUGUGAGUGGACACGCCGCAGGAAGCCGUUCCUGCACUGCGUCUGUUUGUGAGCUGAGCUCUUUCCACACUGAACGUGUGACAACAGAGCAUGCAAAUCACCUCUUUUUUUUUCUUUUUUUUUAUUACCGGAUGGCUCGUCUAAACAUGCAAGCUUGUUUGAAAACACGGAUGGGGAUAUUAUUGGUAACCAUUGGUUUUGUUUGAUGGCAACUUCUAAACACUCCAAGUGCACCCCCCUCUGGAUACCUCAAACAUCCCAGUGAUGUUUACCCACCUACAGCGUAGGAGCACUCCCUGCUCCCCUCUAGGGAGUGCCUCAUAUUAAAGCCUCCAUUUUGGAAAAACAAAACUGGAUGCCAUGGAAACGGCCCUGCUCCUUCUCUCGUCCGGUUCUGUGUCCUGACUUCAUGGUUUCAGGGUGCUUUUUCUUUUUAAACACAGACAGUGUUUGUCCCCCCGCCUCCCAACAAACCCAGAUUGCUGCCGGAUCCUUUCAACAGUGACCUGCAGCUUAGGUCAAAGUGAGGACGUGAUCACGAGACCUGCCCAGAGCUGAAAGUAGUGCCUCAUGGCAGCACUCAGUGGAAUUUUACACACUACACCUAUACCUGCAGCAGUGGAGGCCUGAAAUCAGACACACUACACCUACACCUGCAGGGGCCCAGAGGCUGCAUGCGGAGCAGUGGAAUUUUACACCGAACACUUCCGGCCCACACGCUCUUACGUUUCAGCGGAGUUUGUUGGAAAGAAACCGAGAAAACAAAACAGAGUCGUCUGCAGUUUUGCUGCAAGAUGAAACCAUGAAACCUUUGCAACUUGCUUUUUUAUUUUUAGCUGAUUUCUAUCAGGUGUUUUUUUCUGUUUGCUUGUGUGGUUGCAUUUUUAAUGAGUUUUUUAAAUAGUUGUUAGCAUUUUCUCAUUUCUAUUGUUCUUUUAAAUAUUAUUCUUUUAGAAAAAAAUGGUUUUGGAUAGCAGCAGUUUUUUACUUUCGCUUGUUGAAUCAGAUGAGAAGAUUGACAGCAUUAUAUUUAUGUACUAUGAAGGCUUAUAAGUGAAUAAUUAGCAGUCAGGUACAACACAGUACAAAGACAGAAAAUGGGGUAAACAAGUGAAAAAUAUCACUUUUAGUUACUUAAGUGUUGAGCUUUAUAGUAAUUGCAGGAUGGUUUUUCUUGCCUCAGUACGGAGUCCAUUGUCGUGGCAGUGUGUCACGUCAUGGCGAAAUCUGGUACUGGUCAUCCCUACUGUAGAAGAAACUAUUGCAAAGUGUGUGUGUCUGUCUGUGGACACUUUGUAAAUGUGUUACCUUCACAGCCAUCAUUUAGUCCCAACACUUGAAUGAAAAUAAAGGCCAAGAUCUAAAAGUGGGUUUUGUCUAACUCAUUUUAAUCAUUUCAGUUACUCACUAGUCCACUAGUACUUAAGUGCUGAGCCAGGGUACUGUGGAUACUACCACCAUCAUCGUGUCUCUACCAGCUCCUGAGAGAAAUUUCUGGCUGCUAAAUGUUCUCUGCGUGUGUUAAAAAGCCUGUUUCUCUUGUCGUUUAUCACUCUGCUGUUCCUGUUUUUAAUGGGUGCUUAUCUCUUGUUGUUGUUGCUAUAAAGAGCUACUUGGUAAGAGCAGAAAUGAUUGCAUGAGAGCUGUGAGAGUGAGCAAGAUAAGAGUUGUGUGUUGGAAAGCCUUACAUAAAACUUGUUUAGAGGUUUGGAUUUAUUUUUUUUUGCAGAGUUGUAAUAAUGUCAGACUAAUUUAAGCGAAGCUGGCUACAACCAUAGGGUAAAUAUUGUGUCAUUGUAUCAGGGCUACUUUUAAGAAAGUGAGUGAGUGUGUUUCCGCAUAAAUGUUAAAAUAGCAUUGACUAUCUUGUGAAGACAUCCUGUCGAGUUCUGCGAUUAGCCUAUUCAUAUUUUCAAUAUUGUUUUAGUUUAACUUUGAUUAUUUCUUUUGUCCCCCCAUAUUUUACUAUAUAUAUUCAGCAAUCUGUGACCAUGUUUACAUGUUACAAGAUCCUAAAUGGUCAGCUGUAGGGACUUGAGAAGUGUACAAAAUAUUUCUGUGAUUAAUAACUGUAUUAUGAAUAGCAAAACAUAACAUACAUAAUGUUUAUGUGCAUUGUUAAAUUAGAUUAAUAAAAGAGAAUUUAUCUCA